AUGGGUUUGGUGAUUAGAGCUUUGAUCUUGUUUGCCAUGGUUGCAUGUCUUACCUCGAUUGCUCAUGCCAUUGCUGGCCAAGCCACUUUCUAUACACCACCCUACGUUCCAUCAUCGUGCUAUGGGUUCCAAGGUCGAGGUGUUAUGGUUGUAGCGGCAAACCACGGGUUGUUUGCAGGAAAAGGUGCAUGUGGGAGGAGGUACCGUGUGCGCUGCACCGGAGGAACCAAUGCAGGCGUUCCACAUCCAUGUAGAGGAACUAGCAUCGAUGUUACAGUUGUUGAUCUUUGUCCUGGAUGCUCAGGCAAUCAAGUUGAUCUUUCCCAAGAGGCAUUUGCAAUGAUUGCUGAUCCUAAUGCGGGUAGAAUUAACAUUGACUAUCACCGGUAA